GGGCAUAAAACAGAUAGCUUACUGACCGUCUCAUUUAUACCUUACACCUACACUCUUGCUACCGGUACGAAUUAAAUUUUGGGUGUCUAACGUAAGCUUUCGUCCCUAACGCAGGAUUUGCUUCCGCUCCUCAUUAUGUGCUAUCAUUAAUUAAUAGUUGCCUUGUUAGAGCCCGCAGUAAUAGCAUAGGAGCUGCAGCACAAGGGACGGCAGAUAAGAUCGUUCAAAAUAAUUUAAAAAAUGUGGACACACAGGUAAACGAUAUUACCAUGACUGGCUUCCAUAUUGCUGUAUGUUAAUUCAGAGAACCAUUGGUUUACAGGCCUUUGAUCUUAUGAAGAGAUAAAUGUUGCUGUUCCACAUUAAAGCCGAAUUCUAGGAGCAUUACUCUGUGUGGGAUACCACGCUUUAUGUUUUGUUUCUUAUUACCUAGAAAAAAUUUAUCUCUGGAAAUCAGUUCACAGUGACUGAUGAGCCUCUGUUUACAUUGCCUAAGCAGUUGCUCAGCAUAAGUGGAAAUACACUGGAUGACAUCAACAUCAACAGCUCAAGGACGACAGGUGCUCACAGUACCAAACUUCUUGCAAGAAACUAAUGGAGCGGGCAGAAACCCGCAAGCAACCUUUUAGUCAUGUGGAGGCAUGCAUUUCGUUGUCUGUUUCUUAUGUGCACUUCUCGCGUCCAAAAGCUUUGUGAUGACCAUGCCAAUACCAUCCUUUAGAAAUAUGUUGGAAACGCAGCAGAUCAAGGAUAAAAACAGCGAAGAUUUUUAUGCCGCUCCAAGAAUCAUUUCACCAGGUGGGAAAGCACCCGACAGCUUCCAGAAUGAAGGUGAUUACGACUCAUUGUAUAACACUUUAAAGAUUACAAAUAAUGCUGGAAAUUCUCCCGCUUCUGACUAUGAUAGUAGUUCUAAUCAAGCAGUGAGGGACGGCAAUUUUUCUUUUUCAAAUUUUUACCCGGAAAGCUCCAAAUCUAAAUUAUAUUCCCUCGUUAAACGAAUUACAGAACGAAACAUUAGAAAGGAGAACUUUUCCACUGAUCAUAUCAAUGCUUUUGUGCCAGACAGGUCCGCAAAUAAGUUGAUAACACGUGUGAGCAAAUUACGGGAGCCAGACGCUACAAUCGAAAGCUCCAGUGAGACAAUUCCUUUAUCAGAAGUAGGACAUAUUGCAGGUGGAACUGCUGACCUGAAGAAUAUUCCACCUAUGUCUCCAGAAGGUGUACAACCAGUUGACGACAAGCUGAGGAAACCCUACAAGGAAGGACAGAAUACCCUGAAGGAGAGACAAUUUGACGAAAGACGAGAAGGUACAUCUAUGGAUGAAGUUGCUUCUGGCUUCACUCUACAAGGAACUUCUCAACAAAGUUACCAGAAGAAAACUGAACAACAUUUUCUGGAUGAAAGGGAGCAGGACAGAGGUCCUCUACUCAGAAAACAAAGAAACACUGGUGUUUUUUGGCCAAAAAGAGACUUGCCUGUUCUUGGAUAUGGUUCUUCUGACAUGUUUGCAGAGCCAGAAGAUAAUAGCCCUCUGCAGAGCGACAUGUAUGGUUUGGAGAGCAGCACACAGUAUUUCUUUGUACCCAACCCAAUAAUUUCUUAUGGAACUGGUAGAGGCACAUAUCCGGACAUGGGAAGUAUUAAUUCACCUGAAGUAAAUGGAGAUGAUGUGUAUAUACCAAAUCUACCAUUAAACUCAAUUGAGAACAACAUAGCAGUUCAAAAUUAUCAGCAAAAUGGUCAGCCCUUUCAAUUCCCAAGGCCAUAUGACUACACUUAUCAGCCUCUUUCUUCACUUGCAAACAGUUAUCGAAAUGAAAUAGUGCCAAGACUCCCUGCUGAACCAACUGAUUACCUCGAAUCAUCACCAGAUGAGGACACAAUGUCUUUCAAUAAAUAUUUGCCAGAAAAUGACAACAUAGGAUUUAAGAAUCAGGAAGUGCUGCCACAUGCAGGAGAAAUAAACUAUCUGACUGAGAACCAUGACCAAGAUUACAAAAACAAAUAUUCUUACAAUGAUGGCACGUCUAGUAUACUGAAUCAGAAUGAGAGAAGCAUUUAUCCGGGGCUCUUUAGGCAUAACUCGUAUGUGGGAGAUAUUACUGUUCCUGCUUUAUCAGACUCAUUUUCAAGUGAAAAUAAUGGAAGGGAGAAACAUAUUACCUACAAUAAUUACAAGAAGACAAAAAACUUCUUCGACAACAGUGGUCACGAAAAUUAUUCUAGUAACAAAGAAACUAAAGAAGAAUAUGUAGGUGAUGAUCACAUUGAUAAGGACAAAGGCUACUACUCUGACACUGAAAUAUCGAAUUCUGUAGGACAAAGAUAUUCAUAUAAUUAUCCAGGAACUUUAGGAGAAGUGUCAAAUGAGAACUAUUGGGGAGAUUCAUCACCAUUACUACGUAAUACAGAUGUAAACAAAGUAGAGAUGAGGGCCUCUGAUGUUCUUCCUCCAACCAGUUUCAUAACACGCAGUAAAAGUGAUGAACCAUCUCCUAGUUUUAGACAUUUUAGUCCAGAUGUCAGACCCGCCACUAUCGAUUCGGAUAUUCGAAGAAAACCACAACAUGAGUUACAAAAAAUUAUGAAGAAGGAUUUCUUUAAAAACCAUAAAAAUUCUCAAAAUUAUAUUUCAACAAGAAGAAAUUCACAAAUGUCACCUUACACACAAGAUAAUGAACAUGCUGAAAUUCUCCCUAUGCAAUACAGGACACAGGACUCCAUGAUAGAUUAUCACUAUACUGAUUUCGAUAGUGAUAACAAAAAUCAACUAAAUGAAAAACAUCAGAGGAAAUUGCAGUCUCCAUCACAAAUACCACAUACCAAUGUUUCAGACAACCAGAAGCUAAAUAAGAGGAAUCAGGACUGCUUUGAAGAAGAAGAAACUACUGCAACUGGACCGACAGAAACUACCACAUUGUCUUCCAAUAUGGAAUCAACCACUGCAGAAGACAAAUUACACAAGAAUCAUACCUCAGAGACUAUCUGCAAAACAGAUUUCCCGUGCAGCGUUAAUGGUGUCUGGUAUAGUCACACUGGUGGUGUGCUGUUGUGUUUAAAAACAAACAAAGAUGGUAAACUGAAUAUUAGUAUUCUGGAUACACCAUCUUAUUACCCCGGUCAUGGAAUACUAUCAAAAUGUUGGAAAAUCACUGGUGAAAUACCCUUUCAUCCAAAAAUGAAGAGCUUCAUCAGUCUGAAAGCUACUGAAUCCAAUGAGCAUAAAUUUGCAACAUUUAUUGGUGAGUGCUUUACCUGUGAAAAUGAGGAUGUAAUUUAUGGCUCAUGGCUGUUUGGGAGACCAGGUCGUUCAUGCAAAGACCAGCACAUUUCCACUAUGAUAUACAAAGAUAUUUUCAGAAAAUCAUAUCUACAUAACUCAAAAAAUCAAUGUAAAACUGUGACACAGAAGCCUGGUGCAUGAAGCAAUUUCAUAAAAAUCACCAAUUCCAGUUUUGUCACAAUUCUGGAAUUUUUCACAGAAAUUGUAAAUAAUAUAACAAAUACUGAAUGUGGAAAAGGAAGAAAGGUGUAGAUGAAGAACUAAUCCAAUUAAUGAGUUCUGUUACAGUAUGCAAAAAGUCAGUGUAAUAAAAGAUUGUUACUUUCACCAUCUUGAUAAA